AUGUCAAAAGCCGCGAAGAAGAAGUCGACAAAAUCAAAAUCGAAAUCUGCCUCCACCCAGCAGACUUUCGAUCAAAGAACUAUUCAAGAGUUCAAAGAAUCUUUUGGCAUUAUGGAUGGAAACAAAGAUGGAGUCAUUGAUAGAAACGAUCUCAUGGACUUGUAUGCCACAUUGGGCCAAAUUGCUCCAGCUGAAAAGAUUGAUGGCAUGCUAAAAGAGGCUGCUGGUCCAUUGAAUUUCACGACAUUCUUGUCGAUGUUUGGAGAGAAAAUGCAUGGAAGUGACUCGUAUGAUGCGCUCGUUGAGGCAUUCAAAAUGUUUGACCCAAAGGGAACUGGAAAGAUGAAGGAGCAAGACUUGGCUGGACUUCUACAAAACAAGCGAGGAGAGCCAUUGAAUGAUGAUGAAUAUCAAGCAAUGCUCAAGGGAAAGCCGCCAAUUGAGAAGGGAGAGGUCGACUACGUGGCUUUUGCUCGUAUGCUCACUUCUGGUGGACAAGAGGAA